UCAUCCAUCUGUCAGAAAAGUUCAAUGAAUGUGUAACUUUGUGUGCAUUAUUUUUUGUUGCUUCGCAAUUUGUCGCAUUUUCUCUUAAUUCACACGAUUUUACUUUUGUUUUAGUUCACAAAUACAUUUCCUUAUAACCUUUGGCAAGAAAAUUUCUAUGAGAUUGUGGAGUGAUAUUUUAUUUAUACUGCGCUGCGGGCGAGCUGAGCUGAGAUAGCUCGGCGACACACUUGAAUUAAUGAUUUGAAUCACAAUGAAAGCGCAUUUAAAAUAGCUCGAAGUAGCUGAAGUGUGAAUAAUAUCGUUUGAUUACGGUGUUAGUGCGUUGUUUUUCGUGUAGAGAUGGCGGAUGGUGGUACGUUUGUGGCUAAACCGGCGCGAGGGUGGCUCCAUCCAGACUCUGUUCUUGCCAGCGAUGGAAUCACUUACGCAGUUAGGUACAUUGGAUGCAUGGAGGUAUUGACUUCAAUGAAGAAACUGGACUUUGAAACCCGAUCACAAGUAGCAAAAGAAUGUAUAGCUCGGGUCUGUGCGGCGGCCGGCCUCCGAUCAGCCGACAAAAAACGGCGGGUCUGUCAAGCGGCCGCCCGGGCACUAGCGACGCGACCACGAAUGGCGCACUCCGGAGAAAAUGUGGCUCUGACAGUCUCCUCCCGGGCCAUAACCCUGGCUGCCCUGGAAGGCGGUGACACAGUCGCUCGUCACGAAAUGCCUAGAGUCUCAUUCGCGUCAGGUGGCGAUGCGGACUCUUUAGACUUUGUGGCGUAUGUAGCCAAGUCCGCACCACCUACGGAAUGGAGAGCAUGUUAUGUAUUGGAAUGUGGAGGACGGUUGGCGCAAGACGUAAUAGCCACUAUUGGACAGGCCUUCGAAUUGAGAUUCAAAGAGUUCUUGACGAAACCUUCUCUGUUAAACGUGAACGGUUCCCGCGGAGCAUGCGCAGAGUCCGCUUCGGCGCUGGAGGACCGCGAGUACUACAACGACCUCCCCGACAAGAUGCCGCCCGAGCCCGCGGCCGCCUCACACCGGCACCCCCCACCACCGCCACUGGCGUCGCUUGCUAAUAUCUCUUCUUGCGAGGAGAGCGUCCGACACUACGUGAAUCAAACGCCGCCGCCGCGCACGCCGCCCACCGCGUUACUGCCGAACCAUCAUACAGACAUCUUCGAUAUGCAGCCGUUCACGGCCACGCCGGUGUCGUCGCCGGCGCCGGCCAGCCCGCCGCGCGCCGAGCCGCUGGCCGCGCCCGCGCAGGCCGCGCUGCUGGCCCGGGAGCCCUGGUUCCACGGGCCCAUAUCUAGGACCACGGCAGAGAAGCUGGUGGUGGAGGACGGCGAGUUCCUGGUGCGGGAGAGCGCGGCGUGCCCCGGCCAGUUCGUGCUGACGGGCGCUCGGCGCGGCGCGCACAAGCACCUGCUGCUGGUGGACCCCAACGGCGUGGUCCGAACCAAAGACCGUGUGUUCGAGAGCGUGCCGCACCUGAUCAAGUACCACUGCAGCAACGAGCUGCCGAUCGUGUCGGCCGACUCCGCGCUGCUGCUGCGCAAGCCCGUGCCGCGGCCGAGCGCCUCCUGAGCGGCCGGGGCGGAGGCCUACACCUCGCGAGUAACGGCACGUGAGAUACCAAUAUACAUGCAAUUAAGUAAACUUUGAAUUGGUCUCCUCUAUUUAGAAAGAAUUUGUUGCGUGUUUCACCCGCCUGAGACAGUCUGAGAAGGCACAAUCCUCACAAGUAAAACUAAUACCUUCGAAAAUUGUGAAAGAAUUAAUUUAUGAGCUACGCUAUGACAGUCCCUUCAAAGAAAAUCAUUAAUAUUUGCAUUACUUCUUGAUGCAUUUAUACAAAUUAAUUAGUGGGCAUGUUAAAACAUUGUAUUUUCAGUUUUUAGUAUGACUAUGUAUGACGAAUUCAUACAAAUUAAACUCAACACAGAUCUUUUUAUAAAUAGGCUGUAGUCCCUUCCCUAAGAAUUGAAAUAAACUUAACGUUUGUUACGUAUUAAUACAAAUUGUAGAUCAAUUUAUUUGAACACUUUAAAUAUACUUUGCACAAAAAGUCACACUUUGUAAUUAUUACGCACUUUGUAAUUAUGUAUGGUAAAAGUAAAGAAGCUAGAAACGAUGAAAAAAUAAAUGUAUUUAUGAAUAAUAUUGAUCGGUUGACG